CUUGCCCUGGUGACAAAGAAGCGUUAUCCUUCAUGGUGUCAUCAUUACGAGGAAAAAUUCAAAAAAGCUCAAAGAAUUUUAUUGCUGUUUGCAUCAAGACCAUGUUUACCCUAACAGCUUCACAUAAAUCACUUGUAGUAUUUAUUGAUGUGCUACAAGAAUUGGUUUGUGCUCAUAUGGAAAGUCUAUCUUUUGGUGGGAAAAGUUUUGAUUAUCAAAAAGAGCACGAAUUUUGGAUGAAUUUUAUAAAAUGCAAUGAAAACUCCAAUGAAUGGCAGAAAAUUGUAGGGGAAUUAGUGUAUAAACGUGUUAAAAAAAUAUCAAAGCUAACUAGUCUUAUUGAAGCUUUCAAAUCAUUAUUUAAGGAAGAUGAAGCAAACACAGUAGUGAAAGUAAUAAUUACUGCCAUGGAAGAAAGUAUUGCUGCCUCUACAUUUAAUCAAAAGGAUCUAGGAACUCUUGCACAUCAUACUUCAAAAUGGAGCAAAAGUCUUUUCAGUCGUUGUUUUGAUGAAAAAUACCCCAACCCCGAUUAAUGUAAUACUAUCGAAACUGUUCUGGAAUUU